GAGUUGGACUUACAUUGUGUCCAUAAUCCAUAUCAGCUCUAUAAGGCCUAUAAGUUCAAUUUAUUAAAACAGGAAAUCUUGCCUUUGUAGUUAAUUAAGUUGACUUUUGUUCUAAGCGAAUUCGAUCUUGAGAUGGAACCAUGUGUUUGCCUGCAGCUAGUAUUAGGUAUGCGUAUCUCAGAAUAACCAGGUUCAUGUUGAAGAAGAAAUUCAAUAAGAAAUACAAGAAAUUUGGAAAUAGAAAAACGGUACUGAAGAAGAUGACAUGGCGGAGAAUUUAGUUUUAUUUCUUCUUCUCAUCCUGAGCGUUCCAGUUCGAAUCCAAAGCGCGAAGCCCCAGAGUAUCCACGGUGUCUGCAGGUCGGUCACGUGUAAUUCUCUACAUGACGUCCGGGAGAAACUAAGCGAUUGCGUAGUGAUCAUGGGCAGCCUACAAUUGUCUAUUAUGGAGCGCACUAAGAAGCAAGACUUUAAAAAUAUUAGUUUUCCGAACCUCAGAGAGGUGACCCAUUUCCUUCUAGUAUACAGAGUGCAAGGUCUCCAGUCACUAGGUAUUCUCUUUCCGAAUCUAGCUCGUAUAAGAGGAGAAGUAUUACUGAACAACUAUGCUCUGAUUAUAUACGACAUGCCGAAACUUAAAGAAAUCGGCCUCUACAGUCUAUUGAAGAUAGAUCGGGGCGGGGUCAUCAUUUGGGGCUUGCCUCAAGCCUGCUACGUGGACACGGUUGACUGGAAAAUUAUAGCUCCGCGCGCGAGGCACGUUAUCAGUCCGCCGGACAAGCAUUCUCUGCGACCCUGCAACGUAUGCAGAUGUAGCCUUAACUCCUCUCUUAACCACUGUUGGAAUAAUAUGAAAUGUCAACGCUACCUCGAAGGGCCGGAAGGUGAAGUGUGCGACAAGCAGUGUCUGGGAUGUCGCAAAACGAACGCAACAAUGUGUUCGGUGUGUCGACACUUUACAUAUAGAGAAAACUGUUUGCCGGAGUGUCCCAAUUCUACGAUUUUGUUAGGCACCAGCAAAUAUUGCAUCACAGCCGAAGACUGCCAUGACAUGGACGGUUGGACCUGGAACAAAACCUGUAUCUUCCAGUGUCCAGUCGAUUACGUUCAGGUCCGCAAGCCAGACGGAGAGACUUGUGAAUAUUGUCGAAACUGUCAUCAGACCUGUGAGAGUCUAACAGUCCAGACAACGGAAAGUAUCCAAUUAGCUGAGCGAUGCGUCUACAUCAAUGGUUCCCUCACCAUACACCUCGGAAGUUUGAUCGAAGCUAUGACUGAACUACGGACCUUUUUAAGCCGAAUCGAAGUAAUAUCAGAAUACCUUGUCAUCUACAGCUCUUCUGCGGUCACAAGUCUCGAUUUUUUGUCAUCACUUCGACGAAUAAAAGGCAAUAAACUAGUGGGUGAAAAGUUUAGUCUCGUAAUCCAUGACAUGAUAAAUCUUCAUUCACUUUUCAAUGUGAACGUCAGCAAAAACCUUCAAAUAGAUCACGGGACAUAUCAGAUGUUUAACAAUCCGUUGCUCUGCAUGAGUCAUAUUGAUAAGAUAAAGGACUUAUUUCCCGAGGAACCUGCAGAGGAAGACGUAAUCCAAGGCACUAAUGGCUAUGGGGGGAACUGUGAGGAAGCUUCUGUAGAUAUCCAGAUACAAGUGGUAAACGAAACAUGUGCCGUUGUCAUGUUUUCUCCUCUACCGGAUCCUGACGUUCAUUAUUCAGUGUUGUACGUUCGAAUGCCUCCGGAAAUAAAUAAAGCAAUUUUACCGGAGACGUGUAGUCAGCUAGAAUGGUUCGCUGAAGCGGUUCCCACAAAGUUUGGUCAGAAUGUAAUCGUGCAGCUCACGUCUUUGCGUCCUGCAUCCACGUAUGCCGUUUGCAUCGAGACUUAUGAUCCAGUGUAUCAUAGAUUAGCUAGAAGUAGAAUUUUGAAUUUCACUACUCUUGUGGGGAUACCUGAACCGCCGUUUAUAAUAGAAUCUGUGGCAUCGUCUUAUGACGUUAUUGUUUUGAGUUGGGUCGAUCACAAAGAUUAUAGACGUCUUAUAUCUAGCUAUGAACUUGAUGUUGUCUUGAUUGAUACGCAAGAAAUCCUACUGAGAAAUAACUGCAAAAGUAUGGGGGAUGAAUUUUUUGAUAUUGACUACACAAGACAUGCUGUAGUGAUGAGACCACCUCCAGAAUAUGGUAAAAGUUGUGAGUCCAUGUGCGGGUUCUUGUCGACAGUGACUGCUGGAGCGCUGGUGGAAGAUCACUUUGAUGUUUGCGACAACACCCUCUUGGGUUGUAAGAUUCAAAAAGACCCAAGACCGGGAAAUACGUCAUUCAAUAAUUACGUCAAAACUUUAUCGCUUAAUAUCACCGGACCCAAGAACGCAUUUCAAAUUGGUAACUUAGCUCCAUACAGGGAUUAUAGCUUCAGAUUACGGGCUUGUUUCAACAGUAGCUGCAGCAGAUCAACCAAGAGCAUUGUGAGGACGUUACGGGCGUUUAACCAUGUGGAUGUGCCCAGAGAAACGGUGGCUACUAUCAAAGACAGCCGGAUAGUAGUAAGCUGGAAGCCACCCGAAAUAACCAAUGGACCAAUAUUGGCUUAUACUGUUGAACUAUUGCCAAAAAUUGAACAAACAUCAUAUUUGAUUCCGCAAUCUUGGUGUGUAAUGGGUAACAUAACGAGUUUUGAGAUUGUGAAUUUGGUGGCUAGCACAAAUAAAGUUAGAGUCUGUUCCAAGACCCUGGCUUCAUUAAACACUUGUAAUGACUGGAUUCUAGUUACAUUUUCGAAACCAGUGUUAAGAUCCUGGGCUUGGUGGAGUUUACUCUUUGGGGUUAUGCUAUAUGGUCUGUCCCUCUUGGUCGGCAGUUUGUGGAGGCAAAGGGAAGAUCGCAGUGAUACAGUUAGCUUAGUGGAGUGGACAAAUAAUUAACGGUUUUCUUGAUUAAAUCUAUAAUUUACAUGAAUCUACGAUCACGCAAUGGUGGUUGUUGAGGCUAUUUUAUAAAUUAAAAUCUGUUCACCAUUUUUAUCAUACGAAUAUAAUAUCUAUAUACUGAAGCUGUAUAAUAAGAUAGAUAUAACCACAAAUAUUAAACCACCAAUUAUAAAAAAUUGUAAUUGAAUAAGCAUAAUAUUAAAUAUUGUAUAAAGAAAAGAAAAUAAAUUCGUCAGAAUUCAGAUCCCUCCGUUGAUGCUUUUCAAAUAUUCAAAAUAUUUUUAAUGACGGCAGCUCUAUGACUGCUGUGAGUGCUGAUUCGCUGAAGACAACACCAGACGUGUGACCGAAACGUGAUGCGUUUUGACCGCUAGUUUUUCUCUCCUUACAUAAAAAAAUACAAAUAAAAGAAUAGGUUAUUAAAUUAUAUAAUUAAACGCACUGUACCGCAUAGUGUUCAACGAGAUUUAUUUCGGCUUAGGAGAGAACGACUGGUUUAGCUGAGUCAUCUUCCACACACCCCACACCCAAUUCUGUUCCUCUCUUUUUUAUCGUUCCCUCACCGCUGAAGAUGGUGACCACGUCUGAUUUUCCUCCACAGUGGUCUGAUAAUAGAGCGGUUCUGUUUCGGCAUCAAAUACUUGUAGAAAUUGUGUUGUACUGGCUGUCCCGCCUGUUUUUUCUAGCCAGAAAGACAACGCAAAUAUGUCUUAAGUUUGUAGCGGAUUUCAUAUUAUGACAAUAUCAACAUCCUGUAAGAACAUCGUUGAUGAGUUAACAAAAUAAAUAGAAAGCGCGUCCAAGGUAACUUAUUGAAUCAUACCUAAGACAUUUUUGCGAACGAAAUGUAAUUUUGGAUUUUAAAAACUUGUUUCCACCACCAUUGCUGCACCAUUUGCUGGCUGAUAAUUAUGUCUUAAGUAAAGCUAGCGAGAAAAAGAAAAUAAUAUAUAUUUACUAAUAAGAAAGUCUUCAACGUUGUAAUUUCAUACCGGUCUGGAUACAUGGGUAAUGGUGUCAUAAAGUAUUAAUAUGUACGUGGUAUGUUUAACGACGAAGGGAAGAUCUUCCACCGAGCUUUAGAUAUUGCUCGGUGGACCGACGGUCCGAAUAUUUUGUUGUUCGCAACUUGUAUAUAGGCAAGCUUAUCUUGAAAAUGUCGUAUCGCCGUAUCGUUUCCGCAGCUGACUACUCCCCGAAUCCUGAUCACGCAGGAGCCAGUCAC